AUAGUUUAAUUCCAUUAAAUAUGAAUAAAAUAAUGAAUUAAAUCAUUAUUUAUUGAAAAAAGUAAAUACUGUAGGUCGUAAAAAUUAUGAUAUAUUCCACCUGAUCACAUGAUCAUAUUACAGAUAUAAAACCAGAGAAAGAACAAUUUUUCAUAAUUAAGUUCUUAGAAUUUUACUUCAAAUGAGUGGAAAUGUUUUCUUUGUGAACUCUGGACUGUGUAGACCUGGUAAAAUAAUAAAUAUAGAGUAUAUAGUAUGAGAAUGUAAUGUAAUAUAUAAUAUUAUUGUAUUUAAUAGUUGAUUAUUUGGGGUUUUGAAGCACAGAGGAGGAGGUAAUAACGGUGGUAAUAACACAGGUAAUAACGGUGCGUGGCCCCUUUAGGAGGUGCGUGACGCAGUGAGUGCGCAUGCGUAUAAGCAGCAGGAAGUUAGUUUAUGACGUGUCCGGAAAUGUAGGAGUGGAUCCACAGCAGGUCAGUGUUCAGUAUGGAGCUGUGAAAGAAACGAAACUUCUGAUCGAACCUGAACCUCCCGGUACCCCUCAUCUACCGCGCUGAGCGCGUGCCGACGGGAAAAUAUUCACCAUGAUGUCGGAAUGCGACCCCGCCGACACCGAGAGCUCGAGCGACACCGAGAGCCGCGUCCCGGAGCCGGGCUCACUGCGCGCUUUCCCCGGCGGAGCUCAGCGGGUCUGCGGCUCCACAGAGUCCGUGCUCACCGAGCUGGAGGAAGAGGAGGAAGACGCGCUGCUCUUACCGGGAACAUCGACCUGCGGCUCGGCCUCGUCCUCCCCGACUCGCGCCGCGAGAGGCAAGAAACCCAGGCGGAACCGACACUCCUCUUCCUCUGAUAAAGAGAACCUGGCUUCUCCCGGAGCCAGCAGCGGGGACUUUAACCAUUUCCCAGACGACCCGAUGUUUGGGGAGAUCAUCCAGCGGGCAGAGCAGGCCAUCGAGAGCGGCGUUUUCCCUGAGAGAAUCUCGCAGGGUUCUAGUGGCAGCUACUUCGUCAAAGAUUCUAAAGGGAAGAUCAUUGGUGUGUUCAAGCCAAAGUCAGAGGAGCCGUACGGUCACCUGAACCCCAAAUGGACCAAAUAUUUCCACAAGCUGUGCUGUCCCUGCUGCUUCGGCCGCGGCUGCCUUGUCCCCAACCAGGGAUACCUUUCUGAAGCAGCUGCCUCACUGGUGGACCAGAAACUCUGCCUCCAUGUCGUCCCAAAGACCAAGGUUGUGUCUCUGGCCAGUGAGACGUUUCACUACAAUGCUAUCGAUCGAGCAAAAUCUCGUGGUAAGAAGUAUGCCCUGGAGAAAGUUCCCAAAGUUGGGCGGCGCUUCCACAGAGUGGGCCUGCCCCCCAAGGUUGGUUCAUUCCAGCUGUUUGUAGAAGGCUAUCAGGAGGCAGAUUAUUGGUUGAGAAGGUUUGAGGCGGAGCCUCUUCCUGAGAACACGAGGAAGCAGCUGCAGUUUCAGUUCGAGAGACUCGUAGUGCUGGAUUACGUCAUCCGGAACACAGACAGAGGAAAUGAUAACUGGUUGAUUAAAUAUGAAAAAGCUGGAGAACAAGAAGAAACAGUGAAGGACAGUGAGUGGAGUGAGCAUAAAGAGUGUGUGAUUCAGAUCGCUGCAAUUGAUAAUGGUUUGGCUUUUCCCUUCAAACACCCUGACGAGUGGAGAGCAUAUCCGUUUCACUGGGCGUGGCUCCAUCACUCGUAA